AUGCAGCCACCUUCAAAGGCCGACUACUAUGUGAGCCUUGGAGUUCAGCAAAGUGCAACAGCGCAAGAGAUUCGACAGGCAUAUCGAGCCUUGGCACUGAAGUAUCAUCCAGACAAGCAGGGUCAGGGGGUAAACGUCGAUGCAAAGGAAUUCCGCAAGAUCCAAGAAGCAUAUGAAGCUCUUCGAGACGAGUCUAAACGAGCGCAGUAUGAUGAGUUUUAUGUGUACAUUCAAAGGGAAUGGGUAGAGUACCGACGAUGGCAGAAAACGGAGGACCCCUUUGAGCAAAAGCGACGCUUGAGGGCAGAAGAAAGACAAAAGAGAGCCAUGGCGAACGAAAAUGCUCGCAUGCAGACAAGAGCGUGGGGAAACGCCUUUGAGAGCGGCGAAAAAGAUUUUUAA